AUGCAGGGGUACGGCUAUGUGAUUCACAAAACUGGAAGUCUCAGUGGGUGUCGCCUACUGCGAGUCGUCAAGUCACAGAAUUUCUCUGUACAUGAUCUAGCGUUUGUUGACGCCCCAGCAUUCCAUAUUAUCCUGGACAACUCCAGCAAUGGAGAGGUGUACAAUCUUGCCAUACGCGGAGGUGACCACGGAGGUUUGGACGGUCUGGAUGUCACAGGAACUAACAUCCACGUGCACGAUGUAAUGGUCACAAACAGAGACGAGUGUGUGACUGUCAAAUCGCCCUCCUCCAACAUACUCAUCGAACAGAUCUACUGCAACUGGUCUGGCGGCUGUGCCAUCGGCUCCCUUGGCGCAAAUACUGCGAUCUCGAAUGUGCUCUACCAGAAAGUCUACACAUCCAAUGCUAACCAGAUGAUGAUGAUCAAGUCGAACGGUGGAAGCGGAUCCGUAAAGAACGCCCAGUUCAAGGACUUCAUAGGUUACAAGACUGCGUAUUCGCUCAAUGUUGACCAGGCAUGGUCUUCACAGUCUGUGGCAGCCGGGAGCGGCGUCCAGCUGACAAACAUGACCUUCUCGAACUGGAAAGGAACUUGUGCUGAUGGAAUCGCGCGUGGACCAAUCCAGUUCAAAUGCGACGCCGAUGUCCCAUGCACAUCCAUGACAGUCUCAGACUUCGCCAUGUGGACGGAGAAGGGCUCUAGCAUCAAGUACAUAUGCCAAAAUGCAUACGGCUCAGGCGCAUGUCUGAAGUCGGGAUCUGGCGGAACAUAUUCAGCUACUCAAACAAUAUCGGCAGCCCCUGCAAGCUAUACUGCAGCUAAAAUGCCGAACGACCUUCAAACUGCAUUUGGAUUCACAUCUGAGAUCCCCAUUCCCACGAUCCCAGCAAGCUUUUACCCCGGCACAUCGCCUUUGAAGGCACUAGCAAAGUCAUAG